AUGAGAGAGGCGGAAACAACGUGGGAACUGCUUUUGCAGCAGACGGAGCGGGCGGCGCGGCGACGUGCGGGCGCGUACCUUCACAAAAUGGUCCAGAAAAUGACCACGGGCAUAGUGAGUGGGGGAUGUGGAAAAAGAAAACAAAUAUCACCAGUUGCUUUUAUUGAUAUGCUUGAGGAGCGCAUCAAAAAAACUGUUCCACGGGAUCGGUUGCUCGUAUAUCGCUACGGUGAUGGCUGGGAGCCGUUAUGCCGCUUCCUCUCCAAGCCUCUUCCAACUGGAGACGGUACCGAACCUCUGCCUUUCCCAGCGCGUGACGACGGUACAUCUGACGUGGCCUAUUUGGCCGAUCGACUGCAGCGUGUUGAUCGAGUUGUCUGGUGGGCAACAUGUUGCCUUGUCGCUGCCGCUAUUGUAAUUUACACACCCUUCUGCGCUCAACUGCGUGACAUUGUGGCGGAAUAUUACGUGGACUAUCGUUCCUCCUUUGAACCCCUUUUGGAAGAGAGCGCUGCUUCUGGUGGCAAACUCACACUCCGCCGGGCUCUCGUUUUGGCGAAAAAUACAACAAUGGCUUUUGAAGAGAAGUUAAAUGAGCGUGGGGGUGUUGUUGGGGCGGCGGGUGAGGCGCUGAGUAAACUUACAUAA